AUGCGCGACUUCCGCGAGAUCGAAAAAACAAUGCUACCCCACAAGGUCGACGACCUUAUCCAGCGCAACAGCAAUGGGAACCGGAUCAAGCUAGUCAUCAAUUGGCCCGGUCACCCGUCUUCCACAGGACACUGGAUCAAUUUGACCAAGCGGGUUGAUCACAAAGAGGAGUGGUUAUCGCGUGCAGAGCUGCACCUCCGGGUCUGCCAAACGUACAGACAGUAUUUCCUGGACAUUAGAACUAGUGGCGUGGAGUCGACGGAACCGGACUGGGCUGUGUCGUCGUCGCGCACGGACCUGAGGCGGCUUUACGUGACUGCGCUGUGGUUCUGUGGCGAGAAUAUCUUCCACGCUGACGUCGACUACGACGUGUUCUUUCCCGGACCCGCGUGA